AUGACAUCUUUGCAAUUACAGAUUCUAACGGACAAGAAUGCUGUGUUAGAGCUGGAAGAUGGUGUAAACUUGACAGCUUUUAACAUUCAGUGUGGUGCUUUUCAUCACGAGGAAGAAGAUGAAGCUUGUCGUAAGAGCUCUGAUUUUUCCGCCUCGCCAAAAUCUAAAAAUUGCAAAAGCCAUAGCAAGUCAGGCAAGAACAAUAAUCCUUACUCGACGAUUGGGCGGGAUAAAUUUUCUGCACUCCUAGCUGAUCUGGACGAGAAGAGGCAGAAGAUUUACUCGCAGACAAACCCUCACGAUAUCUCUUUCGUUCGCUUCGUCUACACCGAAACAGAUGACUUCGUCCCUGUGGUGGUCAAAUCGAAGAACAAGGACCCACGGAAGCACAAGAGCGAAGAGCUGAAAGUAAGACCAGCUGCGCCUGUAAUUUCGGAGCCAGUCGAUAAUAACAAGGCCGCCAUUGAAUCUUCUGGUGUGGAAGAAUAUUCUAGAAGGCGUUCCAAUGCGGAAUCUGAUCACAGAAAGGCGGAGAAGACGAGGGUUCCUUGGAACAUGUGGAGACGACCGUCGGAGUAUCUGCCAAUAGUGAUGAUAUUGAUUUUAGUGUUCUUGAUUGUGUUUGGGCGAUCGGCGGCGACUCUGUGCACCUGUAUUGUGUGGUAUAUUGUGCCGAGCCUGCCGGCAUUGAAGGAAAGCUCGAAAUCGAGAAAGUCAGCGAAGAAGAAAGAGUAUGUGAAAGGCAUGAAUGAGAAGAAGAAGGAGGGUAAUGGGUUGGGAUCGCCGACACAGAGAGCAAAAUCUCCGGGAAGGCACGGCCAUCGGAAAAGCUGGUGAAGGUGAUCUGAGAUUCAUCC